CCUCCCACGGACACCACAACACCCCUCUCCGGUCUCCUCUCUGUCUCUCUCGAUUCCCUCCUUCAGCACCGCUGUUCUGCGCCUGCUUGCCGCUCUCUCGGCCGGCGCCACCGGAACCCCCUCUCCCCACCGCGCCGGUGCCCGCGUCUUCCCCUCACUGUUUAUGUGUUGCAGCAUUUACCUGUGAAUCUCUUUGGUUGGUUUGGCUGCUGAAAGUAGGAUGGAAGAUAGUCAGUCAGUGGUCUCUCAAGCAUCCAAUGCUGCAGACUAUGUAUCUACAGGUCAUGUUCCUGCUGAGUACCCCAUGACAGAUUCAGCUGCUCUUUCAGGUGGUGAAAACCUUGUUUCUUCUGCACCCACUGCAGCUACAGAUUGUGCUUUGUCAGAUGGUACUAAUCCUGACGACAGGAAUAUGUACAGUCAGGAUCCCAAUUCUGUUGCACAGAGUGCUACAUAUGGCAUCACAUAUGAAUCUAAGCCUGAUGGUGGGGCUGCUGUAGCUAGUGAAAAUGCCAUUGGCCAUGAAACAGUUGCAAGUAUCUCUACUCAUACAACUGGUUAUGAUUCCAUGAAUGGAGGUGCUGGUGAAAUGGCCAGUUAUCAACCUACAGGAGUUAUUGAGAAUGGAGAUUUAUCAAAUGCUGUGGGUGGUACUGUUGUUCAACAACCAUAUGAAGAUGUGGUGUAUACUGCUGAGGAGGAAAGAUUAUGGAAUAUGGUGAGAGAUAAUUGUUUAGACUUCAAUUCUUGGACAGCCCUCAUCGAUGAAACAGAGAAGGUUGCAGAGAAUGACAUUAUAAAAAUUCGGAAAGUUUAUGAUGCAUUCUUGGCCGAAUUUCCUUUGUGUUAUGGAUACUGGAAAAAAUAUGCUGAUCAUGAGGGACGUCUGGACAGUGUCGACAAAGUUGUGGAGGUGUAUGAACGGGCUGUCCUGGCAGUGACAUAUUCUGUGGAAAUUUGGUUGCAUUACUGUACGUUUGCAAUAUCAACAUAUGAAGAUUUGGAUACUAUUCGAAGGCUGUUUGAACGUGGAUUGGCAUAUGUUGGAACAGAUUAUGGGUCGCACAUUUUGUGGGACGAGUACAUCAGAUAUGAAGAGUCUCAUCAAGCAUGGAGUCAUCUGGCCAUGAUUUAUACAAGAAUACUUGAGCAUCCUAUACAACAACUGGAUCGUUAUUAUUAUUGUUUUAAGGAGUUGGCUGCUAGUCGACAUUUAUCUGAAAUACGGACUCCUGAAGAAGCUGCUAUGGCAGCUGCCACUGCUGAGACUGGUGGCCAGAGUCUUGAGGGUGAGGUUCGUCCUGAUGGUGUAGAGCAAUCUCCAAAGCCUGUAAGUGCAGGUUUAACUGAGGCAGAGGAGUUGGAGAAGUAUAUUGCAAUUAGGGAAGAGAUGUAUAAGAAAGCUAAAGAGUUCGAAACUAAGAUCAUUGGUUUUGAAACAGCUAUUAGAAGGCCAUACUUCCAUGUCAGGCCUCUUGAUGAUCCAGAGCUUGAAAACUGGCACACCUAUCUGGAUUUUAUCGAGAGAGGAGAUGACUUUAACAAGGUUGUUAAGUUGUAUGAAAGGUGUCUAAUUGCUUGUGCCAAUUAUCCGGAGUUCUGGAUCCGUUAUGUGUUAUGCAUGGAAGCGAGUGGAAGCAUGGAGCUUGCAAAUAAUGCUCUUGCUCGGGCUACUCAAGUCUUUGUGAAAAAGCAACCAGAGAUUCACCUUUUUGCUGCUAGAUUUAUGGAACUAAGUGGAGAUGUUAUGGGAGCUCGUACAGAGUUUCAGCUUCUGUAUUCUGAAAUUUCACCUGGUCUGUUGGAAGCCGUUGUUAAACAUGCAAACAUGGAAAAUCGACUGGGAGACAAGGAUGCUGCAUUCUCUAUAUAUGAGAAGGCUAUCGCUGCCGAACGGGAAAAAGAGCAGUCUCAAAUAUUGCCAAUGUUGCUUGCACAGCAUUCGCGAUUUGCAUAUCUGGUUGUUGGUAAUGCAGAAAAGGCUUGGGAAAUUUUAGCUGGAUCUCUUGAGCAUAUUCAACCAUCCAAACCUCUUCUCGAGGUUAUCAUCCAUCUGGAGUCGAUCCAGCCAUCUCCAAAGCAUGUUGAUUAUUUGGAUUCAUUGGUGGAGAAGUUCAUUAUGCCCAAUCCUGAAAAUCCCUACAUGGCUAGCACCACUGACAGAGAAGAGAUAUCUAGCAUAUUUUUGGAGUUUUUGGAUCUCUUUGGAGAUGCGCAGUCGAUUAAAAGGGCUGAAAAUAGGCAUGCUAUGCUGUUUCUACGUCAGAAGAGCAUGUUGACAUCAAAAAAACGAAAUGCUGAAGAUUUCCUUACCUCAGACAAGGCUAAAAUAGCAAAGACUUAUCCAGAACCAGGUCAAUCAGUUAUGGGAGCAUACCCAAAUGCACAGAUUCAGUGGCCUGCUGGUUAUGGACAAAAAGCUCCAGCAUGGCCACAGACUUCUCAGUCACAAGGGCAGCAGUGGAAUCCUGGAUAUGCACCACAGCCUGGGUAUGCUGCUUAUGGAGGUUAUGCUAAUUAUGGCCAACCACAAAUGCCCACAUCAGCUCCUCAGAAUGCUUCUUAUGGUGCAUAUCCUUCCCCAUAUGCAGUCCAGGCUUAUCCACAACAAACAUAUGCCCAAGCUGCACCAGCAGCACCAGCAGCGGCAGCAACUGCAUUUCCUCAGCAACAAGCUCCCACCCAACCAUAUUAUGGCAGUUACUACUGAUUUGGUACAUGUUUUCAAGAACAACUAAUGCUGUUUUGUAUAAUAGGUAGCCUCGUGAAACCUGAACUGAUCUGACUGUGUAUCCCCGCUGCUCUUUGGUGAUCACAUUGAAUGCUGCACGCCUUCAAAGCCUGCUUUGAUCCAGCUCUGGUUGUGGACGUGAUGCAGAAGGUGACAAGUUGUCGUUGUUGAGGUUGUCGGUACCCACUGCAUGAAGAGACCAACAAUGUGUCAUCUGGAUUUCUACCGUUACGGUUUGAUUUUCACGUUGAUCUUCUGAGAUGGAUGGCCAUUUGCAGAGAUAAAGGGUUCCUGUUUGAAUACACACAACCCGUUAAUUGGGGGAACCAACUGUAGCCGUGUCAUAUGAGCGCACCAGCCAAUAUGUGCCCUUGUUUUUUAACUGUUUAGGCAGUCAUGUAAACAUGAUUAUCAUAAUAUGGUUCUCAGGAAAACGCAAUUUUGUGCAGGAUUUUGAUAUAUAAAUAUUUAGCAAUAGCCACUUCACUGUA